AUGGCCUCCGCCCGUCAGCCGUCAGCCACGAAGCUGGCGUCCACUGAUCCGAGUCGACUGCCUGAUGGCUUCAAAGCAAUCCGGCCCAUACUCGACGGCAGUUUUGGCAAGAUGGCCAAUGUCAUGGGGGUUGUUGUCGAUGCCAUGGCACCAAUUGCCACAGGAGGCAAAGGCGAGAUGUUUUCCUCAUCUUAUUCAAAGUCCACUUGUAAACUCAUCGACACCACCGUUGACGGAUUGAACGAAGUCGACUCUCUUGAUUUCUGCCUCUUCCGCCCUAAUAAGGAUGACCACCCAGAGUUCAAGUGCGGUGAUGUGGUCAUACUCCGGAGUGUAAAGACACAAUCGCACCGUGGCGGCCCCAUUUCGGUUCUGUCCAACUACAACACCAAGAUUUGUGUGUUCGAUUCAGCUAAGAUUCGAGGGGACCCUCAAAACCCAUUUGCAGCUUUACGACCGGUGGUCACGGAGGACCAAUGGUCACCAUCGCCCCCCGAAUGUGCACACGCAGCGUGGCUUUUACAGAACGUCAAUCAACAUCGCAUCCCCACUGUCGAGGAAUUCCAGACAAUGGUCGCACAGUCGGCGACUUCCCUGGACAAGUUUCGUGUGCUGCAGAACGUCGAGCCGGGUAGAUUCUACGAUCUCAUCGUCAAGGUAGCGCGCAAACCAUACGAUUGGGGGGACAAGGUCACGCUGUGGGUGACCGACUACACGGAGAACCCUGCAUUCUACCGAUUCCCGGAACGAUCGAGCAACGGUCUCGCCGACACCCAGGGGAACCCUGACGGGGACCCCUAUGGGUACUGCUCCAAAUUCAUCAACACGGACAACAUUACGACCGCGUCAGACGCUAUGCCAGGGCAGCGCAGCCUCCAAGUCACCUGUUUCGAGCCACAUGCAUCUGCGAUUCGCGAGGAAAAUAUUGAUAAAAACGCCUGGGUAUCCAUGAAGAAUGUGCAGAUUAAGUAUGGCAACAAUCAGGCGAAUCUAGAGGGGUUUCUCCGCGAAGAUCGCGCUCGAGGGUCCAAAAUCGGCAUCUCGCAAAUUGACCUCGACGAGCUUCGUCGAAAAGAGCUGAAUCCAACUACCGACCAACGGCUGAGAGACGCCCUGAGGCGUAACCGCGACUACGAGAAACAGAGAAAGGAGUCUGACGACUUGAUCGCGCAGGCAGCGCAGGCUGGCCAGAAACGCAAGGCCUCGCCAGCUACUGGAAAUGGUGCCACUGCAGAAAACGCAAAAGCCCGACGUCGCAAAAGACGGAUGAAGAAGCAAGAAGCUGAGGUCGCAGCACAGGCUCCCGCAAACGGCGGCGACGAGCGCAGAGUCCAACCCAUUCAUCAGGCCGCGGGCAGAACGCUGGAGGUCAAGAAGGAGGAGCCUUCGCUUCCAACGUUGGAUUUGAACACAUUACUGAAAUGCGAGCACUCGUCGGAGCCACCAAGCACAGUCGCCAGUAUCCUCAAAAGGCACAUCAUCCGGACGGAUGUUGACGACGAAAUGGUAGAUCUUACUCUGCCAUUCGUCUGCCGAAAUCACCGCCUCGAUGUCCGCGUCGUAGACUACUACCCACACGACAUGCGCAAGUUUGCUCGGCCGAAGAAAUUGGCCCAGUUUGACAUGCUUUCGGACAAUGAGGAGUCGGACGAGGGAGACUCCGACACAGACAUGGACUUUGGGGCCCAUGACGCGCCCUAUGAGUGGGAAUGGCGAUUCUUGCUCUUACUGGAAGACGCGAGCAUGACUGCCGCUGGAGGCUCUCGCGAGCGGGUCUGGGUGUUCGUUGACAACAAGGCCGCACAAUGCCUCAUUAACCUUGAUGCCUCCAACCUGUAUCGCGAGGCGGAUGACUUGAAAGCCCUGCAGGAAGCCAUGGCCGUGCUGUGGGGGAACCUCCCCCAGACCAAGGAGCCCGCCCUCGCUGCUCAACGAGCGCGGCCGCGGACGCUGGCUGACGCGCCUCCCCCUGACAGCUCAGAUGCUGAUAACCAAGGCGGCAGCCCUGUCCAACUUGACAACAAGCCAUGCAACUGCUGUGUCAAGCAGUAUGGUGUCAAGCUUCGCGACGAUGACCCCGACAAGUGCAACGCAGGCGAUGGGUUCCGUUGGGAGCGCAUGUUUGGUUUGUACGGUACACGACUGACGCUCCCGGUCUGA